CGAUGGAACAGCUUUGCGGAGGCUGUUUCAGGCUUAGCUGGUAGGAGAGCGGCGGCUGUUCCCGGGAGGAGGUUGUAUGUCGGGGGAGGGGGGUCACACUCCAGAGCCCCGUCUGUGCACACAAUCCAAAGGCUUCUGCGGGAACCGCGAGGAGAAAAGCACAGCAUCUCAGACAAAAAGAUGAGCGAGAAGGAAGAAUCAGAUUCCGAAGGAGGGCCAGAAUAUGAAGAUGACUUUGAGAAAGACCUUGACUGGUUAAUAAAUGAGGAAGAGAAACAGCAGGCAGCAUCACAGAAUGAAGAUGACAAUGAACAUCUCACUGAACAAAAUGUUAACACAAUACAAUCAGUAAAACAAGAGAAUAAAGGUGACAGUAUACAAAGUAAUGAUAAUAACAUUGCUCAACUUGACCCUAAAAUGAAUGCUAAGCUCAUACUGGAUACUGUGUCUGAGGGUGAAGAGGUUGAUCCCGAAGAUGAAGAGGCAAAACGAUAUAUUGCAGAGAAGAUAGAAGAAGCAAAUAAGAAAUUAGAAAUGGAAACCAUCGAUGAAAAUCGCCAGAGGAAGCUCAAAUUUAAGGACAAUUUGGUUGAUCUGGAAGUUCCACCACUAGAGUUUCCAGACAGUGAUAGAACUGAAAGUAUCACUGAAGACGAUAUAGCAGAUGGCAUAACACAAUUACAUCUUAAUGAUAUUCCAGCUAAAAAAGAGUUGAAUACUGAAGAAAAUGAAAACAUUGAGGAAGAAGCAAAAGAUGGGAAAGUUUUGGUUGAGAAAGAUGGAAAGUUUGAACUGGUCAGUUUAAAGGACAUCGAGAACCAGUGUUCUCUACCACCUAUCAGUAACUAUAAGGAGCUGUCAAAAUCUCCAUCGCCAUCAAUGCAGUCAAAUAGAUUUGGUGUGUUGCAUAAUGGAGACGAUUUAGAUCACAAGAAAGCUUCCAAAGUUGGUAAUUUAAAUAUUCUUGUCCCUCAACCUCCCGGUGAACCCAAAAUCAGGCCUAGCUCUGCUACUCAUUCAUUGAAAUCUGUACACAAAGUAAAGCCGUCACGCAGAGUCCAAUCUGCAAGUUUAUCGACCAGAAACACAACAUUUAGCCUUUCCCCAGAGCAAAAGGAGCUACAGAAGAGGAUGCAAGAGAGGCAAGAGAAACUUAAGAGAGAGGAAGAAGAUCGAAAAAAGGAGGAAGAUGAGCAGAAACGGAGAGAAAAUGAGAUGGCAUUUAAAGGUUGGUUACAUAAGAAGAAUGAACAGCUAAUGCAAGAAAAAAGGAUCCUGCAGGCGAAGGAGCUGGAAAAAAGCAGCACAUCUGAUAAAGAGAAAGAAGUGCCAAAUGAAGCUUUUACUGUUUGGCUGAAGAGGAAACAGAGAGAGCAACUGAAGGAAAAGAAGAUGGAGGAACUGAGAAAACAGGAGACAGAUGCUUUCCUGGAAGAAAGAAAGGAAAGGGAUGGAGCUUUUGCACAGUGGUUAAAGCAGAAGAGAAUACAAAAACGGGUUGAGCAAGAUGCGGCUAAAGAAAGAUCUAGAAGACUUUUGCUAGAAGCUCGAAGAAGCAAGCAGAUACAUAAUUUGUUGUACAAUAUCUCUGACUCCAGAUCGUUCCGCUACAUUGAUCCCUACAGCUAA